CAAAAAGAUUCGAAGCACAAAAAUAACAUUUUCAAGUCGGAUUCGGGUCUUGGAUUCAGUCGGGUCAAUCGUCUUCUAGGGUUUUGUUGGUCUGCGGGGUUUUACCAGCACAUGACCGACUUCCUAGCUCCAUCUUCAAAAAAACUCAUCAAUGUAGACAAAAAGUGUCUGCCUGAAUCUCUCUUAUUCUCUUUAUGCUGUAUUUUAGGUUUCUUGGUAUUAUAUACUGGAAAUGUUAUGGAAAUGGUUCUCCAUUGGAAGAAUAGCUUCACAUCGAAUGCUCAAAAUGGAAUCUUUGGCCUCAUUUCGAAGUCUAUGCUCACAAAUUCAAUGUUUUGCUGAUACCCCACAAGGUUCUUUUUCCUCUAGACAUUACCAGAAGUUUCCUGAAAAUCCCAGAAUCAUAUUAACCCCUAGAAUUGUACAUACUACUUUAUCAAAUUGCCGUUCUGACAUUCUUGCUUUUUCGUUUUUCUUGUGGUGUGCAAGGCAACCUAAUUACUUUCAUGAUAGGGGCAUAUUGACCCUUAUAGUUAGUAUUGUGUCUCGGUUGACGCAGAGGUUUAGAACAGUGAAAGGGAUUAUUAAGGGAUUAGAGGAGGUUGGUUGUGUAAUAAAGCCACAAACUUUGUUGUUUUUAUUGAGAAUUUACUGGUUUGGUGGAAUGUAUGAUAGAGUUUUCGAGGCAUUUGAGGAAAUACUUAGAUAUGGUUAUACACCAAAUACUUUUUCUAGGAAUAUUGUAAUGGAUGUAUUGUUCAAGAUUGAGCGUGUCGAAGUGGCACUUAGAGUUUUGAAAGAAACCGAGAUUCCAAAUUUUUUGUCGUAUAGCAUUGCUGUGUGCAACUUGUGUAAGCUCAAUGAUUUGGUUAAUCUUCAGGAUGUACUUAUGAUUAUGUUGAGAAAAAGGUACUAUCCUAAUGAGGAGACAUUUUUUGUGAUUUUGAAUUGUUAUUGUAAAGGAGGUUGCAUAGCAGAAGCAAAACAGAUAUUGGGUGUGAUGAUUGUUUUGGGUGUUCGUAUAUGUGAGAGAGUUUGGAGUAUAUUAAUAGAUGUUCACUGUAAAGCUGGGAACAUGGAUGCUGCAAGUCAUUUGCUUAAAAAGAUGGUAGAGAGUGGGUAUUCACCAAACGUUGUAACUUGCACAUCAUUGAUCAAGGGAUUUUUUGAGUCCCAGAUGCCAAGCAAGGCAUUUGGGAUCUUGGAUACCAUGGAAUCAAAAGGAUGCUCCCCUGAUUUGGUUCUUUGUAAUGUGUUAAUAGACUGCCUCUCUAAAAUGGGGAGGUAUGAAGAUGCAAUUAAUGCUUUCUUCCUUUUGCGGGAGCAAAGACUAAUACCCGAUUCUUAUACUCUUUGUUCUUUGAUUACAACUGUUUGUCUCUCUAAGCAAUUCGUUGAACUACCUUUGCUCAUAACUGGCUUCAAGAUCCAACCUGAUUUAGUUGCUUGUAACUCUUUCCUUAGCUAUUUCUGCAAAGCUGGUUAUCCUGCUGGUGCCAUUGAAUUUUACAAUGACAUGAUAGAUAGAGGUUUUGUAGCAGAUAAGUAUACCUUUGCUGGAUUAUUGACUGGAUUAUGCAGGUCAGGUAGGAUAGGAGAGGCAGUCAAGGUGUACCAUGGACUUAUUAGAAGUCACAUUGGGCUUGAUUCUCACAUAAUUACUGUGAUAAUAAAUGGGCUAAUAAAAUCUGGAAAAUUUCACAAAGCUAUUAGCUUAAUCACGAAAGCCGCUUCAGGGAAGCCCCAACUCGAUGAUGUUUCUUACACUAUUGCCAUUAGUGGACUUCUUACUGGUGGUGAAGUUGGAGAAGCUUAUGCCUUGUUCCGCCAAAUGAAGGAGGUUGGUCUUGCCCCAAGUAAACAGACCUAUAAUCUGAUUCUCUCGGGUUUCUGUAAAAGAAGUGAUGUUAGCAUGGUUGAAGAGAUCUUACUUGAAAUGGUUAAUGCUAGUGUUGAAGUUGACCAUUUAAGUCUGAGGUUUAUGAAAAAUCUCCUGUAUAGAUCCCGCCAUUCUGCUUCACUCUUUACUCUAUUGACUGAUGUUUCAACUUCCGAAAUCCUUUCAAGGGAAGCAUAUGAAGAAUUGAUCGAUGAGCUAGUUCAUCAGGUAAACAUAAGCAAUGUGCACACAGACAGGUCUACUAGCGUUGAUUUUGGCACAUCCAGCUCAGAUGAAAUCCAAGAGGUGGCUGUUUCAGUUGGUUGAGAUGAUUUGACUUGACAGCUUAUUCUGUCUAUGGCAAAGUUCUGUAGUUGAGUUCAUCAAGAAUCUGACCUUACUCUCUCUCGGAAACCCUAAGAUGAUCAUAUGAUCUUAAGAGUGAAUUGAUUCCCUAAAGAGGAGGAUAUUGAACCAUGGAAGAGUGCCUGAAGUGAUAAUACAGCAAAAGGAAUUCAUGAGAUGUGGUUGGUAAGCUAAAUGCUGAGUGAUACUGUAAUACUUUGCUUGUGUGAUCUGCGAAAUGGUAUUGAAAAAGAUCUCGUGAACCCUGGGGCUCAGCAGACUAUUCUUGUUGCUCCCACAACUGGAGGCUAUGAGCAAGAUGGAGCAAUACACUCUGGAAGAUGAUGUUACACUCCCCCAUGAAAGCUGCUAUGUGGAGAGAUAUGGAGCAAGUGAGGGUGCUGAGGGCAAUAUAAGCUGCCGGGACUUUAUAUUUCCAGUAUUGAAACUCAAAAUGUACAAGAUCUGGCAAGUGCUUGGAAUGCAAUAUAGGAGCUUGCCAACUAUGAUGCUUGAAUGCUUAUUUCUUGGUGUACUAACUCUGUAAGGUCCCGACAUACUAUAAGAAGCAUUUCCGAGGAGUACGAAAAACCAAUACAGUUAAAGGUAGAAGAUAGGAAAAGAAUACUUUUCUGGUAUGACAAUUGGGUGGGGAAGGAAUUACUCCUCUACGAGACAGGUUCCCGAUCUCUUCAGUUUUGCAGAAAACAGCAGGGGUUAAAGUCAAUGUAGAAGCAAUCAAGGUUGGUUAGUAAAAUUUAGAAGAAAUUGUACUGAUUGGGAAGUGGAGAAUAUGGCUCAGCUUCUUCAAGGUCAUCUACUUUAUAGCUCACACAUUCAGCCUGACAAAGCUGACUCUCAUAGUGAUAUUGUGUAUCGUAUCAGAUUUUAUUUUUACAGGAAACUUUCACCCUACUAACACAAAAGGCAUAAUUUUUUUAUUAUUAAAAGGGUGAAAUUUUCGUGAUUUUUCUAUUAAAUAAUACAUAGUUAUGUGACUGUAAAUAAUCAUUAUAUACUGCAAGAAUUUAUUACACACUGAGUGAUGAUUAUUUCAGA